AUGUCAGAUACCGAGGCGGAGUUGGCACACGCCAGCACAAACGGAGGCCCAACCGCAAACGGUUCCUCCCCUCACCUGCUUCCCUCACAGAAGGUCCUCGAGGAGGAAGAAGCGGAGCGACUGGCGGAGGAGGAGCGAAAGCGCAACCGCGAGCCCCCGAUCAUCUUCAACGAAGUUGACUCGAAGCUCGAGUUGGAACGGCUGGUAGACUUUGUCGACGGUAAGCUGUCUGAGGAGGAGCAGGAGGCUGUCGACCAGUUGCACCAGUAUCUGCUACUCGGCGAAGGUGCCUGGACGUUCGGUGACUGCUUCCUAGUGUUCGUGGGCCGCAUCUUCCGCGACCAGACGUGCUUCUCCACGGACGUGCGCGUACAUCUGCUGCGAGCGCUGGCAAACGCCGCGCUCAAGGAAGACAUCAUUCUGCUACUACACCAGGACCGCAAGGAGCACGUUCUGAUGAACUUUGCCCAGGACAUCGACCGACACCCACCAGAGGAGCAGCAGUCGAUCGCACUCUUCAUGUGUAACCUGUUCGAGAACAACAACGCAUCGGAGUGGCUACUGUAUAUCUCCGAGUGGAGCUACAAUGGUCAGACGACAUCCAACAUUCGGGCGACGACGAAGGUGGCGGUCCACUGUCUGCUCGCCACCUGUCCCCGCCUGCUGGACAUCGGGACUGCGCUGGUGCACAACAUCGCCUGCAAGGAGGUGAAAACGGUCGUGUUCGACGACGUCGCGGUCGAGAUCUCGAUGGCGCUACUACAGUUCUUCAACAGUUCGCCGACCGAGGAGCACCUGUUCCGCACGAUGAAGGCGCUGGCGAAGUUCGUGCAGGUUUCGCCGGAUGUGCCGCAGUUCGUGCAGAUGAUCGGACCGCACCCAAAGAACUUCAAGGGCAAAAGCGAACGGGUGGAUGUACUGAUCGACCAGAUCAGCAAGAAGAUACGCUGA